CGCCCACGGCGUUCCGUGUUUCACGUGGUUCCAGGAAGCAAGAUGGCGGCAGGGGCUGCUGUGCCGACUUCUCUGGAGUCCGCCCCGCGGAUCAUGCGGCUGGUCGCCGAGUGCAGUCGCUCCAGGGCCCGCGCGGGCGAACUGCGGCUGCCGCAUGGACCGGUGGCCACUCCCGUGUUCAUGCCAGUGGGCACGCAGGCCACCAUGAAGGGGAUCACAACCGAGCAGCUGGACGCCCUGGGCUGCCGCAUCUGUUUGGGAAACACCUACCACCUGGGGCUUAGGCCGGGCCCUGAGCUGAUCCAGAAAGCCAACGGUCUCCAUGGCUUCAUGAACUGGCCUCACAACCUGCUGACGGACAGUGGCGGCUUCCAGAUGGUGUCCCUGGUGGCUCUGUCUGAGGUGACGGAGGAGGGUGUCCGAUUCCGGUCCCCUUACGAUGGUGAAGAGACCCUUCUGAGCCCGGAGAGGUCCGUGGAGAUCCAGAACUCCCUGGGCUCAGACAUCAUCAUGCAGCUGGAUGACGUGGUCAGCAGCACUGUGACUGGCCCGCGUGUGGAAGAGGCCAUGCACAGGUCCGUCCGCUGGCUGGACAGGUGCAUUGCAGCCCAUCGGCAGCCCGACAAGCAGAACCUCUUCGCCAUCAUCCAGGGCGGGCUAGAUGCGGACCUCCGGGCCACUUGCCUUGAAGGUGGGACCAUCUGUGACCUAGAGAUGACCAAGAGGGAUGUGCCAGGCUUCGCCAUCGGUGGCCUGAGCGGUGGUGAGAGCAAGGUGCAGUUCUGGAAGAUGGUGGCGCUCAGCACGUCUAAGCUGCCGAAGGACAAGCCCCGCUACCUGAUGGGGGUCGGGUAUGUUGAGGGAAGAAGACCCUGCUUAUGGGGAGCAGAUUUCUGGGCACCCCUUACCCUGCAUGGGGGUGUGUAUGGGGGGCAAGGACACAGCCUUGCUGUAGGGGAACCGAGGAGGACACGGCUGUCUCAAGGUUGCCAGGGAGGGCACCUAGGAAGCCCACCCCAGAGCUUCAGCCUCUCUGCUGCCCUCCCCCACACCUGUACCCCCAGCUAUGCCACUGAUCUGGUGGUCUGCGUGGCUCUUGGAUGCGACAUGUUCGACUGUGUGUACCCCACACGAACUGCGCGUUUUGGCUCUGCCCUGGUGCCUACUGGGCAGCUGCAGUUGAAGAAAAAGCAGUAUGAGAAGGACUUUGGCCCCAUAGACCCAGAGUGCUCCUGCCCCACUUGCAAGAGGCACAGCAGGGCCUUCCUGCACACCCUGCUGCACAGCGACAACACGGCCGCCUUGCACCACCUCACUGUGCAUAACAUUGCCUACCAGCUGCAGCUGAUGAGCGCCAUCCGAGCCAGCAUCGUGGAGAAGCGCUUCCCUGACUUCGUGUGCAGCUUCAUGAACACCAUGUAUGGGGACCAGACCCUCUGUCCCCCUUGGGCCACCGAAGCCCUGGCCUCUGUGGGCAUCACACUGAGCUGAGUGGGCUGCUGGAGGGAGCUUGGGGUGGAAGAUACUGAAGGAUCUUUUUAAAGGUCUUUUAAAAAAAUAUUCUAACUUAG